GUGAUUGCUCCUCUGCAGCAUACUGCUAGAUCACAUGAUUUAUGAUCCCUUUGUUUAGCCUUUCCUUACUUCUAGUUUUUAUGCCUGUAAUUUUAUUUACUGAAGAUGACUCUAGCUAGAGUCAAAAUGUUUAUUUAAUGGAUGUGUCUAAUUAAUGUAUUUGUACCUUUUCCUGCACUGUCUGAUUGAAUAGGAUUUUCAUGAUGUACUGAAUUCAUUUACCAAAAUGUAACAAGGAAUUGUAGAAUUUAGUUAAGCUAAAAGAACUACUUUGUCUUUUUUUGUUGUGGUACUGGUUAUAAGUUUCAUUAUCAAGCUGCAUUUCCCAAAAUCCGAAUCCAAAAGGCAGCUGCUAACAACUAAAAUCUUAUUUCUUUAGUUUAUGCAGUUCCUUUCCCUUUAGAGUUAAAGUACAAAUCCAAAGGACACCUACUGAUUAAAAUCGAUCAAGGCAACCAAGUACACUACCACUUGUUUCUUUAAAUUUAUAUUUGGUCACUUUAAUUCAAUAUUGAAUAGCAAAACAUCAUUUAUAUCUUCCAAGUUUUUUAUCAUAGAGAUUGGCCAUAUGAAGUGUACCCAACCAAUUAAAUGGACAUCACAUGUUUUCCUGAAAUCUGCAUGGGUUAGAUAAGGAAAGCUUGAUUUAGUCAUUUUUGUCUUCUGGUCAUAUGGUCAGUGUCUUAUUUCAAGUUUUUAUUUCAUUUCUCCAGAUGAGUGUCGUUGAAAAUUUGCACAAAUUUCUUGAAAUAAAUGGUCAUCGUGAUGCAAGCAUUUAUGAAAAAUCAAAAUCAGCAAUUCUGCUACUGAAAACACUACCCUGUGCAACAACAGCCGUUUUGGAACAAGUUGGUGAAGUCUUUUGUGAGGAAGCAAAGAAGUAUGUAAUUGAAGUUGAAAAACAAAUGCUUUCAGGCCAACAUGGCUUCUUGGAGUCAAAUAUGCCAGAAAGUGAUACAUUGAUGAAGGAAGUUCAGAAGAUACUUCUAGGAUUUAUUGAGUGCAACCAUGAUGCCUGGGCUCCAAUGAUUGCCAGGUGGUCCGUGAAUCUAAUUGGUGUUAUGAGUAGCCAGUAUGGAAUCCUACGAGCAUUGUCAAAUCUUCAGAUAGAUGAGAGACUCGAACUAUGGAUGAAUUGUUCAGCCUGCAGAAUUCUGAUGGAAGUAGCAGUUACUUGUUUUGGAUAUAUAAUAGACGACUCUCCUGACGUAUGUGUGGAUUACUUAUUGGGCACAGCAGUGAAAAGUUCGCCGUUCUUUGAUUGGGCAAUUUGCCACAUGUGCUGCUGCUUCCUUGAUGUUAUUCCAUAUGGAAUUUUAUCACAUGCGCUAGUUGCAUUUAGUAUGCAAGCUAAGGAUGCCGAGAUAAUUAUCAACUGUGUCACCAGGGUGUAUAACUUUGUCCUUAAUCACCAUGGAAAAGUUCUUCAAAAUGCAGUUCUCGACCUUUUCAAGGACAGUGUAUCAGCUGAAAGUGUCGAAGCUGGGUCAGACCAAGAACACAUCGACAAGUGUACCCUACCGUUUCUGUUGCAUCUUGCACUUCAUGCACCAAGACUUGUAGAUCAGAUAUCUGAAAAAGUCACUGACCUUCUUGAUUUGAAGACAAUCAUUGCUUUGAAUAAACAGUCGAAUAAACGAGAAGCAGUUUUGCAGCGGGGGCUGGUGUCUAGAGUGCUCGACAUAUUGCAGAAUAUUGGAAAGGGUACUUCCAAGGUUCUGUUGUACUUGAUUGAUAGCUCGUGUUAUUCGGAUGAAACUCUUCCUCGAGAUGAUGCAAAAAUUUACACAGAAAGAAAAAGGAUUGCCAGCACUCUCCUCGAAAUGUUGUUAUUACAUUUGCAUGAGAACGUUCAGAACUCACUACAUCAAAGAAAGAAUGAAGAAGAAGCUACAGAGGAAGCUGUUUUAGAAAGCCCCUUUUUAAAAGAUUUGCAAAAGCACAUGAAAAAGCUGUGUGGAGAGUUGAUCCGGUCAGAAACUGAACUCAGGUCACAUCUGUUCACUCGGGUACUUUCCUUAUUGUGCAUCAAUGGUGGAUUUGGGAUUUCGUCUGAUGCAUUCAUCUUUCUGCUAAUUAAAUCAAAAUCACAAACCAACCUUUCCAACCUGUUGGCGUUUCAGUGUGAGCUGGAAGUUAACAACGAAAAGAUAUUGGAUGACAUCGUCUCGACGUUUAUCGAUGAGCUUUGUUCCCCUACGUCAAAAUACACAAACGACCAGACCGUCAACGCUUUGAAGAAUUGCAUCACCAUUGUCCAGACGGAGACAUCGGGCAAAUUGGAAUCCACAAGGAUGAAGCUGAAAGAUUGUCUUCAGAAGCACUGGGCCACGAUGACGUAUCUAACAAUCGAGCAUGGUGAUGUUGGGCAUCAAAGUUUAAAAUUACUGGAAUACAUCAAUUUGCCUCCGCAACAGAGUUUGCCGCAAGUAUUUACUGCUUGCCAGAACCUCAUCACGACAUAUUUCAGUUUACUUAGCAAAGUUUUGAACCAUUCAGACAAUGACGAUUUGUGGGAGAUGGUGCUGUCUAGCGAGACCUUGCUCAUUCUUCUUGUAAAACAGAACACAAUCGUACAAAACACUGCAAGCAGGCAGUUUGUUGAAACUCUGCUCAUGGAGGAAAAUAUUAAACUUGUUACAGAAAACUUUAGCAAUGCAGAUCAAGAGAACAGCCUGUUUCCAGCAGAACCUAAAAUGCAGCUGUUGGACCGAAACAAUUCCCCAGACGUUGCUUCAAGAAUUCCAGUCAAUAAGUCAUCCGUGGUCUACAUCGGAUCUUUAAAUAGAAAUAAGAGAAAGCAACAAGACGAAACAGAUCCAGGGCGCAUUGUUGACGUUGGAGUUAUCCAGCAGUUUUUACUGAGUACAUUAGACAGCAUACUGUCAUUAAAGUCCCUCGCAAGCGACAAAGUUAUGGGAAAUGAAAAGGUUGACCCACAACUGGCAAACUCCUUUUCUGAAUCUAUGAUUUUGCGGCUUCAAGAAAGCAGCUUAAAGCCGCCAUAUUCAUUCCUAGCAAAUCUUUUAGCAGAAGUCAUAUGCCCCGAGGUUACACCAAGGAUGGCCUGGCCAGAUGAAGAAUUUUUAAAAUAUACCAUCGAGAGGGACAUCAAGAUAAAGAAGCAAUUUGAGAGAAACCCUUUUCUCUGGGACUUACUAGAUCUUAUUAGCAGGGAGCGACCGUCAUUAUGUCAUUGCACCGUGAUUGUCCAAAGCCUUUUUGCUAAUUGUUUAACAUACUGGGAAGUUGACAGAAAGCUUACUGUUAAAGCUUCACCUGAUCAGCUCAACACCACUCGAAGAAUUCUCAUUUUGUUAAGAACAGCUGGUUGGAUACCUGAGCCAUGGAGUAAUUCUUGUAACUUCAUCGAUUUUAUAAAGCCGCAAGAUGUAUAUUUUUUGCUGUCUGGUUUAUGGCGCUUCUGUAAGGAUUUAAAUAUUUCUCCUCAAAAAUUUUCUGAAAAGUAUGGAGCAAAGCCAGCUAUAAUCUUCUCUAAUGAUCAAAUUGAUGGCCUCAGAAGACUUUUUAGAGAUAUAUUUCUGAGAAAUAUGGCAGCUCUUGGUGUUUUCUACAAACAGUUCUUUCAUCCUGAUUAAUCACUGGCUUGAGAACACCGCAUGCUUGCUCCACAACCCUAAGGACAUCCUAUUUGGUCCAAGUUAAUAGGAUGGCCAAUGAUCGAGCUGUCACUCAAGUUAUCCACCAAUAGUCUUGAAGACAUGUAGAUACUCCUAUUAUUGUAACAGUAGUAUUGUUAGCGUAAUCUGAAUUCGGAACACUUACGUUUUAUCUCACAAACCCUGAACUGCUGCUUCUUUAUGAGUACUUGUGAAAUGGGCACUUGUCACGCACUAUUAAAAGCUUUCUGGUCCCAUGUUGUUUGAACAAAUAUGAUAUGAAAUUAAAUGAAAUUUUGACGGAGAGGAUUGCAGUUUAAUAUGCGAAUAGCCAAAAUGCCCUUUAGAAAACGUGGCUGGAAAUCUCUAAAAAUCUCAAAACUUUCAAGAGAAACGCUACAAAUGAGAAUGGAGAUUGUUCUGGAAUUCGUUGCUUUAACUCAAGGCCUAACUCAAGGAUCAUUUUCUCGUUCAAUCUGCCUAAACGAUAAUUGCUGCUGCUGCUAUACUUGAAUUUUUUGCAGCCUAUUAAUCUUUUUUCCCAUGGAAAUGUUGCUUAAGACCCCGUUUGCACGGGAUCGAUCCGUUAUCUGGACUAAUUUGGGUUCGCUUUGGAAAGCGUUCCAGUUUGGGAUCGAUCUUGUCUUCAGUAAACGCAGGGGCGGAUUCAGACGGUGGCACCGGUGGCACCUGCCACGGUCAGAUUUCCAAAUUUAAAUUUUUGGAAAAUAAUGGACUGUUCUAAAUAUCCCGAUAUGAUCCUUGCUGUCUAACACUUCCCCCUCGCUCCAGCGUCUAUCUACCACGCCCUUUCUCCGCUGUUAAUUUAGUAGUACGCCAUGUUGAAUUUGCUCAUUGUUUGUCUUUUGUUAAUUUAAAAAGAAUAAUUGGCUCUACCAAAUAUGGAUAGUAACAAUCGUGCCACACUAGAUAUAAAUAGAAGUAUGCGCGCACAUUUUUAAACAAUAUGUUUUGAGACCAAA